AUGCCCACCGUACGAAACCCCAUUCUCCCCGGGUUCAACCCGGACCCGUCGAUCGUGAGAGUUGGAGACGACUACUACAUCGCUACAUCGACCUUUGAAUGGUUUCCUGGUGUGCAAAUCCAUCACUCCAAGGACCUGGCAAACUGGACUCUUGUCACCCGUCCCCUGAAUCGCAAGUCUCAUCUCGAUAUGCGCGGUGACCCAGAUAGCUGCGGCGUUUGGGCUCCCUGCCUCACCCACGACGGGGAGAAGUUCUGGCUCGUCUACACCGACGUCAAGCGCAAGGACGGCUCUUACAAAGACACCCAUAACUACAUCGUUCAUGCGCCCUCUAUCGAGGGACCCUGGUCCGACCCGUAUUACAUCAACUCCUCCGGCUUCGAUCCUUCUCUCUUUCACGACGAUGAUGGGCGGAAAUGGUUUGUCAACAUGAUGUGGGACCACCGCCGUCGCCCUCAUGCUUUUACUGGCAUCGUGUUGCAGGAAUUCGACCCGAAAAUCGGAAAGCUCGUUGGUCCAAAAAAGAACAUUUUCCGCGGUACUGAGCUGGCUUUGGUUGAGGGUCCUCAUCUUUAUAAGAGAAACGGAUGGUAUUACCUCUUGACUGCCGAGGGCGGCACCGCCUACGAGCACGCAUGCACGCUCGCCCGCUCACGCGAUAUCUGGGGCCCUUAUGAGCUUCACCCGCAGAAGUACAUCAUCACGUCCAAGGAUGCGCCCUUCGCUGCUCUCCAGCGUGCAGGCCACGGCGACGUUGUCGAUACCCCCGAUGGGAAGACGUACAUGGUCCAUCUGACCGGUCGCCCAACUACACAAAAACGAAGAUGUGUCCUCGGUCGUGAGACCGCUUUGCAGGAGGCAUACUGGGGAGACGAUGACUGGCUGUACGUCAAGAAUGGGCCCGUGCCCUCGUUGCACGUCGAGGUACCGGGAACUCGGGAUGAUACCGAAUACUGGGCCGAGAAGAAGUACACCUUUGAGAAUGGCCUUCCUCAAGAUUUCCAAUGGCUGAGAACGCCAGAGCCGGAACGCAUUUUCAAGACGGAAGGCGGCAAACUCACGUUGAUUGGGAGAGAGUCAGUCGGCUCCUGGUUCGAGCAAGCUCUUGUCGCCCGGCGGCAAACUCACUUCUCCUACGAUGCCGAGACGACUGUUGACUUUGCUCCCACCGACGAGCGCGAGUUUGCCGGUCUGACUGCCUACUACUGCCGUUACAACUUCUUCUAUUUGACUGUCACAGCACACUCGGACGGCAAGCGGGAGUUGCUUAUUCAGAGCUCCGAAGCGUCGUGGCCUGAGGGCAACCUCAGCUGGCCUUUCGUUGACCCUGUUCCCUUGCCUGAUUCCGGCAAGGUGAAGCUCGCUCUCAAAAUCCGCGGACCAGCACUGCAGUUUUACUAUGCUCUUGAAGGCGAAGAGCUGAAAAAGGUUGGCCCAGUGUAUGACGCCACUAUCAUCUCGGAUGAGUGUGGCGGCCACCAGGCGCACGGCAGCUUUACUGGUGCCUUCGUUGGCGUUGCGGCUUCGGAUUGCAACGGCACAGCGAGAGAGGCUACAUUUGAUUACUUCACGUACCGCCCCGUCCACGAUGAAAGCGACCGUUACGAGAUAUAA